AUGACUAGGUUUAAAAUCCUGUGCUGUUUGCUGCUCACGUAUCACCUCAAUGAUGGAAAGAAAAUCAAAGGACACAAAGGAGCAGUGAACACCGGGCAGAGUAUAGUCCUGGCGCUGAAAGAGUCCUACGUCACCAGCUCAAUCUUUAGGAUGUUUUUAGAAGGUGAGGACAACUGCACACUGGACCCUCUGCAGCUGCACACUCUCACCUCCUGUGGCUUCAACAGCAGUAAUCCCCUCAUCAUCAUCACUCACGGGUGGUCGGUGGAUGGUAUGAUGGAGAGCUGGGUGCACAGGUUGGCCACAGCCAUGAAGUCAAAUCUCAUGAACAUCAACGUGGUGAUUACCGACUGGCUGUCCCUGGCCCACCAGCACUACCCCAAAGCUGCACAGAGCACACGCACAGUUGGAAAAGACAUAGCUCACCUGCUGCACUCACUUCAGGUACACUACCAGUUUCCAUUUAAAAAGGUUCAUUUGAUCGGCUACAGUCUCGGAGCUCACAUCUCUGGAUUUGCUGGGAGCAAUCUGGAGAGUUCAGAGAAGAUUGGAAGAAUUACAGGUCUGGAUCCAGCGGGGCCCCUGUUUGAAGGCAUGUCUCCCACAGACAGACUGUCUCCUGAUGACGCUGAGUUCGUGGAUGCGAUCCACACCUUCACCCAGGAACACCUGGGCCUCAGUGUGGGCAUCAAGCAAGCUGUGGCUCAUUAUGACUUCUACCCCAACGGAGGAGACUUCCAGCCAGGAUGUGACCUGCAUAACAUUUACGAGCACAUAAGCCAGUACGGGCUCCUCGGUUUCGAGCAGACAGUGAAAUGUGCUCAUGAGCGGUCUGUCCAUCUCUUCAUUGACUCUCUCAUGAAUAAAGACAAGCAGAGCAUGGCCUACAGGUGCAGUGGCAAAAGUGCUUUUGAAAAGGGGGUCUGUCUGGACUGCCGGAAGAAUCGCUGCAACACGCUGGGCUACAACAUCAGGAAGGUCCGCAGUAGCACCAGCAAGAGGCUCUACCUGAACACACGCUCUCGCAUGCCUUUCAAACUCUAUCAUUACCAGUUCAGGAUCACGUGUGUCAACCAGAUGGAGGGGAUCGAGCCCUCUCUCACCAUCUCCCUUACUGGAACAAAGGAGGAGAGUGGAGACCUCCCCAUCACUAUCACGGAAAAGAUUUUGGGUAAUAAGACGUACACCUUCCUGAUCACCCUGGACAAAGACUUAGGGGACCUGAUGUUGCUCAAACUGCACUGGGAGGGGUCGGCCAUGUGGAAGAACAUGUGGAACCGGGUGCAGACCAUCAUUCCCUGGGGAGGCCGGAGGGGGAAGCCUACGCUCACUGUGGGCAGGAUCAGCAUUAAAGCAGGAGACACGCAGGAAAGGACGUCUUUUUGUCCGAUGACAAACGAUGGACAGCAGGUUGAAGUGUCCCAGGACAAAGUGUUUGUGCGCUGUAAAGAAGAAACACCAAAGCACCACAGAAGAAGACACCAAAACAGACACGUGGUUCCUUAACCUGGUGGGAGGAUCUCUGAUGGAUGCCAUUACAAGUUCACAAUUAGAGAAAAACACUUUAAAGUUAGGCUGUGAUAAUUGAGUAAAUAAGAAAUUAUAAUAUGCCUGGAAGAUGUGGCACUGAACAAAUAAUGGUGAUGUUUUAAAGAAGAAUUCUGGGAAAGUUUUGCUAGGUGUGUUUAAAAUAUAACAUGUUUAUGUGACUAAAUUAUUAAGUAUUGCAUAAUGUAGUUUUAAGAACAAUAUAUACAUGUGUCUACAUACAGGAGAACUUUCAUGGAGUUGAAAGUUAAAUUAUUAACCAGACUGUGGACACUGACUCGUUCAAUGACCUUUUGAUGACGGAGAGCGUAACUGUAUGCGUGUGUGUCAUGUGUAAAAUGACUCAUUAACUAAAACAAUAGUCUUGCCCAAAAAGUCAUAUAAAUACAUUUGUUUUUUCAAACUCAAACCAGAGCAAU